AGCUGUAAUGAAAUGGCUACAAAAAAAGGACAACUUCGAAAAUAUGAAAAUUGUUUUUGACUCCACAAGUCGAUUUGCUCGUCUUCAAAAGCUACAUGUUAAAAUAGCUGGACGCUAUCUCUUUAUUCGUUUCAUUGCUGUCACUGGUGAUGCUAUGGGAAUGAACAUGCUUUCGAAGGGUACUGACCGAGCACUGAAGACACUUCAGGAAAUCUUCCCUGAUCUUGAGAUCUUAAGUCUCAGUGGGAACUUUUGUUCCGACAAGAAGUCUUCUGCAGUAAACUGGAUUCUGAGUAGAGGGAAGUCAGUCGUCUGUGAAGCCGAAGUUUCAAAACAAAUUGUAGAAGAGGUCUUGAAGACAACUGUACAAGCUCUUAUUGACGUAAAUAUAAGCAAAAACUUAGUUGGCUCAGCUCUUGCAGGAAGUAUUGGCGGCUUCAAUGCUCAAGCUGCCAAUAUUGUGACAGCGAUUUUCAUAGCCACUGGUCAG